GCUCUAUGGACAGCUUGUAUGAGCCGGUGCCAGAGCAACAAAAUAACAAGGAAAAUGCCUACUCAGCUACCAAUACCUGUGUGAAAAGAGGACAGUCAACAAGAUUUUCAAUGGCCACAGAACUAGACGAAAACCCAGUGGAGUCCACAGGCACGCUCCAAAGACUUUGGAGGCUAGCAGCAGCCAAGAAGACCGGCGAGCGCAGCGUGGAUGAACCGCAUCGUGCACUGAAACCUCCUGAUUCACCACAAGACAGUAAUCACUCAGAAGAGGGAGAUGACACUUUUGUUUCAUGCAUGAAACUAAUGAAAUCCCAAGAAAAGAAAAUUUGCAAAGAUAACACAACGAAAAAUGAAGAGACUGAAAGUAAAGUGAAUUUCAUUUCUCCAUCCCUGGGAAGAUCUCUUACGUCUAGAUCAAGCUAUUUGGAAGACAGUUCACCCCACUCAGGAAGCGAAUUUCAAUUAUGGCCUUUCAACGAUUGGAAGACAUCUGCAGAUAAUCCUCUCUGGCCAGGCGAUGUUCUGAUUUCUCAGACUAGAAAAUGGGGAAGCUCUACUUGCUCUGCCCACCACUCAGUCCUUACUUCUUCCCUCAUCGAUAUGGAUCUGCCACAUUCAUGGCGUAGCAGCAGCUUUGGGAAUUUUGACCGUUUUCGGAGCAAUUCCGUGUUCAAGCCAGAAGAUGCAAAUGAGAAAAGUGAAGUGGAAGGGAUAAAUGAAAAUAGAGAGCAAGAACCAACCAAAACUCCAAAUAAUGGUGGAAGUCUUGGCAAAAAAAUGAGGGCUAUUUCCUGGACCAUGAAGAAAAAAAUUGGUAAAAAGUACAUCAAAGCUCUUUCUGAGGACAGGAACGAAGAGGAUGCGGAAGAUGCCGGCCAGUAUAGGAAUAGUGACCCGGGACUUGGCGCCUACCCUGAGAAAUUCCCUCUCCAAGGCAGUGACUCAAUGGAGAGUAUCUACAGCGGUCAAAGUUCAUCAAGUGGAAUAACAAGCUGUUCGGAUGGAACAAGCAAUAGAGACAGCUUUAGGCUGGAUGACGAGGUCUUGUACACUGGACCAUUCUGUGGCCGAGCCAAAGUGCAUACAGAUUUCACACCAAGUCCUUAUGACACUGACUCACUCAAAAUUAAGAAAGGAGACAUUAUAGACAUUAUCUGCAAAACACCAAUGGGUAUAUGGACCGGAAUGCUAAAUAAAAAGGUGGGCAAUUUCAAAUUCAUUUAUGUGGACAUAAUCUUGGAAGAGGAAGCCAUACCAAAGAAGAUAAAAGCCCACCAAAAAAGUAAAAUGGCUAAACCCCAAACAGUGCAGGAGUUCCUAGAGAGGAUUCUUCUUCAGGAAUAUGCUUCGACGCUUUUGCUAAAUGGUUACGAGACCCUGGAAGAUUUAAAGGAUUUAAAGGAAAGUCACUUGAUUGAACUGAACAUUAAAAACCCGGAAGAUAGGAAGAGGCUGCUAUCAGCAGCUGAAAAUCUACUUGAUGAUGAAACUGUUGAAGAGGAAACUGAACCCAUAGCUCUGACGUUAAACGCAGACGUCCCGUUUCACAAGUCACAACUCAAUGAACGUCCCAGAGAUUCUGGUUGUUUUAUCUCAUCCGAAAACUCAGAGAACAGCAAAGAAGAUCCGGACUCUGAACAUUUGUCUCAGGCGAUGAAGAAAAUGACGAUUACAGAGUCCAACGAUUAAGUCUGUUUUUCAGCAGCAUGAACAGAUCCAAGAUGAGACUAAUAGAGGAACAACGUGAGUUAUUCGAGAAAAAAUGUAGUAGUGAACUGUAGAAGUGUUGAUAUUUAUUAAUUCUGAAAGUUGCUAGAGCACCAGGCCUGGAUGGGGGAAGAUCUGGGUUCCAAUCUGACCUCAAACCCUUCUUAGCUGUGUGACCCUGGGCAAGAUAUUUAAGCCCAGUUUCCUAGCCUUUGCUGCUCUUUUGCCUUAGAACUGAUACAAAAAUAGAAGGUAAAGGGUUUUUUUUAAAUACUUCUUGAUUACACACAGAUUUGAUUACCUUGAUUUUUCAGAUUUCUGAUUGAAAAAAAAAUCUUUAUUGUUUUAUGCUUUGUGUAUUAUAGUAAUAAGAAUAAAUAAGAGAAAAAUGUUUGUAAAAACUUCCUGAAAUAAAAGUUAUUGUCCUUUGCAUGCAUUACCAAUUAUUUUAUUUUAAAAGCUAGAUGUUAGGAUUGAGAGUCAAGAUUAGAGACAGGAGGUCCUAGGUUCAAAUCUGGCCUCAGACACAUCCCAGCUGUGAGACCCUGUGCAAGUCACUUGACCCUCAUUGCCUAGCCCGUAUCACUCUUCUGCCUUGGAGCCAAUACACAGUAGUGAUUCCAAGAAGAAGGUCAAGGUUUAUUUUUAAAAAAGCUAGAUCUUAGUAGCUCAUCAUUCCUUUCUCUUUAUGUCCCCAAUUAACAAGAACCUUGUUUUCUUUAGAAACAUAUUACAAGUUCAUCAUCAUAAUAUUUGACUCAAUAAAAAGUAGUAACUGCCUCUAAAUCCACUUGUUAUGAUUUGGUUUGCGGCAUUGAAUAUGUAUUCCCCCGGCAGUUGCCAACAAAAUUAGCUAUUUUGUCCAUAUCUCUUCUCCAUUCCACCCCUUCCUCAAGAAAGUUGUUAGAGUCACGUUGCUUAACAUGCGUGGCUUACAUUUUUUCCAAAUUAAUGAUUAUUUUCCAAGGUUAAAUAUUUAACAGUGUCCAAAGUAAGAGCUAAAAGAAGUUUUGCAGCAUAAUUUUAGUUAAACUACUUAUAAUGUAAAUUUAAUUGAUUUUGUCCUAAAAUAUUCACAUUGUGUACCAUUUGGCUACAAAUUAUCUUAAUGUUAGUAACAAAUAAAACUAUAUGAU